AGGCCCCCCGAUCAAAGAGGAUGCCUGCUUGAUAUUCAGAAAGAGGAAUGCAUGUUUCACAUUUGCCUGUGACUAUUACUUUCAAACAUGAGUACAAGACUGAUUUCAGCAUGGAGGUAACCUCGCAAUACUUGCUGAUCGCUUUCUCUAUGAGGUGGCGUUUAAGCUUUGGAAAGCACCUAAAUAUGGAGCUUGAUUCUAACAUACUUCUGAUCCAGUACUGGCUUUUUAAAUAAAGGGGACUUUGCUAACUAUAUACUACUGAAGCAUCGUAUUGCCUAGUCCACUUCCCUGUAUCAGAGCAGUUUGUGUCAAAUGGUAUUCAUGAACUACAUGCCUGGUUAUAUACCGCAUGGCCACUCAUGACUGAGUCGCCAUAACCAAAAUUGGUUUGCCUAUCUAGUUUUCUGUUGCUUAACUAAUUUAACGGUGCUGACAGAAGAUAACCUGUGACUUGAACACUUAUAGUGGAAGCUAAUUUAGUUUCUUGGCUCAUAAACCCUAUUGCAGGAGCUGGAGUUGGAAACUUGCCCAAAAUUCUCUUAGUUAAUUCAAGCUAAUUGCAUAUACAGAAUACGUGUUUCAGUGAACGUUGGAUAUUUCAUAUUCUCUGUAUGCCAAAUUUUCUUCUCUCAGUGGAAUCUGGAUGUUUCUUAUUGUUAUUAAAUUUUUAUAAAAACACUUCACUAAGGACAACCCUCUGGCACGCAAACUGAAAAAUUGCAAACAUAUUUGAUUAAUGAUUUAUACUUGAAACGACUCGGCGAUGUGCCCAGUGAGAGAAAUUGGACAAAUACACAGAAGCGAAUAAAGUUCAGAGGACGAUGAAAAGGAAACACCUCCAAUCUGUACUUUGGACAGUGUAUCAGUUUUCUUCUUUCGUGGACAAAAUGACUGCCAAAUUGACGAAACACCCACCAUCUUUUUCUCACUAAACUCGGGCAAAACGACACCCGCUCUAUAUAAUUGGUUUCGUUCAUUCAGAUUCCAUUCUAUUUACUCCUCUCGUUCAAGCGAUGAAGAAAAUGGUGCUUAAAUUGGAGUUGAAUGAUAUCAAGGAUAAGCAGAAGGCCAUGAAGGCUGUUUCAAUCCAUCAAGGAAUCGAUUUGAUUGGAAUCGAUAUGAAAGCGCAAACAAUGACAGUGAUAGGAUCGGUCGAUCCCGUGAGUGUUGUUACCAAACUGAGAAAAUUUUGGCGCACGGAUGUGGUCUCAAUUGGGCCAGCCAAGGAGGAGGAGGAGAAGAAGAAGGAAGAGCCAAAGCAGGAGGAACCAAAGAAAGAGGAAACAAAGAAGGAAGAAGCCAAGGAAGAGAAGAAAGAGGAGGCCAAGGAGAAACCCCAAAAGGAAAAGAACAAGGAGACUAAGCAAGAGGAGCCCAAGAAGGUGAUCGCCAAGAAGGAACACCAUGAAGAAAUGGCACCAGAGACUGUGAAUCCUUACAAAAUCUACUACAAUCCACCAAUGCACUACUACAAUCCUCACACAACCACACAAUACUACUAUGUGCCCAGUGCUCAGGAGAAUCCAAACUUGUGCAACAUCAUGUGAUCAAAGACAGAAGAGAAGAUGAAGUUCUGCAUGAGUUUGUCUGAAACUAAGGACUAUGUUGUUGGAUCCCAAGUGAUGAUGACAUACAGAAAUUCAAGCUUGUUUUGGUGAAUGACCCAGUGAGAUUUCUGAAUUUAGUUGUAAAUGGUUAAUUGCUUUCCGAAGCCUAGAUGAUGUUUUUGGGAUUUAUGACUACUAUGACCUUAUGCGCGACAAUGUUGUAGAGACUUUCUCCUUGGAAAUCACUUUUAAUGUUGGAGAA